UUGAAUAUAAAACGGUUUAACUGUAUAUUUUAUCUUAUCUGUACUAACAAAAAAAGUAGUUGAUGCUCAUGAUCAACUGAAUUUAUAUUAUUAGUACUAUCUUUUUAUGAGAAAUCUUGGAUUUGUAUUUCGUAUAUGGCAAACUACUGUUGUUCAAUUGAGUUGGAGCCUCGCACCUUGAAACAAGGACAGCUCGAUCACGCCAGAGAAAUUGCUGUUGACAUUGUUCAGACAAAGGAACCGGAUGAAGCAUCAACCAUGUUUACUGAGCUGCAGGGGCUGAAGGACGUGGUCGAAAUCAAAGAGGUGCCAGUGGUGGUGACAGUUUCAGGCGAAAAUCUGCAGCCACAGAAGGUGGUGGAGGAGAGAGGCCGCGGCCGCAGCGGGGCAGUUUUCAGGGAAGAGGUUGUUUCUAUGGAGACUUAUUGCCAAUGUUUAGUAGUGGAAUCAUCACCGGAAUGUAGGGAUAUUAAAGAGCCCCUUUCUGCCCCUUUUUGAGGCAUCAAUUAACUUGGUUAUUCAUUUCAA